UUCACGUUGUCGAAAAGUAGAAACGACAGUAUUGGCUAUCGUUGUAGUAGUAGUAGUGGUGGUGGUGGUAGUAGUAGUAGUAGUAGUAGUAGUCGUCGCAUUAGUAGCAGUCGUAGUGGUACAUAGUUAUAAUACUUAUCAGGUCUAUCUAUAAAAAUGUUCAGUUAUCAAAAAAGAAUGCAAGCGAACAUUUCUGUUCUCUGUAUUCCAGUACGAAGCUCAUACUAGUGAACCGGUUAACUUAUCUAAGCAAAGCUAAUUUAUAUGUUCGCUGAAGAGAAGCAUUUUUCUUUUGUUUUAAAGAAAAACAAUUGAGUUUACAAUUCACUCUCUUUUGUCUCUAACGGUUAUUCUGUGAAACAACACCAUGUUCCCUGACGUGUUCCAUGCUAAUGUCUCAGACAUCGAUGUCGAUGAAUUUGGUGUUAGCAACAAAUGUUCUCGAGAACAUUCCAACGAUUUCUCCACUCCUUGCCUUUAUCGGAGACGAUCAUCAGUUAUGUCUCAAACGUCUGCAUUUAUGAAGGAAAACGAGAGUGAAGUCAGUUUUGGCGGUUUAUUAAUCCUUUGUAUAUGUUUUAUGUAUGCCACCCUCAUUUUUCUCAUUUGGACAAUAUUUGGCAAAAUAUUCUCACUUGUACAUCUUGCAGUUUCAGCACAUAAAAACAGAUCAAAAAAUCCUUUUGAACUUUCUCAUUCUUCCAACUUCCAUUUAAAGAGACCAAUUUCCAGUGGAAGAUGAAUGACAUCCUGCAUGAAAGUUUGAAAGCAACAUUGAACAAAUCAAAGAGACAGCAAAUUUAUUGGAGGAUUAAGCAUUAAGUAACAAUGAGCAACUUUGUUUUAAAACUGGACAGAGACGUAAAUAACCAAGCAAUAAGGAAACAAAAUCACCAAUGAAUUCUAUAAAAAAAAAAAACGUCUGUCGAAAACUGUUAAAUAGCAUCAUUUUCUGUAGAAGUAAGAAUUAGAAAGUAAUAAUAAUAAUAACAAUAAAAGACUGUAAGGUCGAAGAUCAUCCAUUGAUUUCUAUCAUUUUGUUAUUAUAUAUGUGUGUGUGUUUAUGUAUAUACACACAUAUAUAUUUAGAUAUGUGAAGGUAUUUCUGUUACAAAUCAUUCAAAAAUAGUAUGAAUGCACUUUAAGACAAAAAGUUCUGUGAUCCUGUUUUGACAGAGAUGGUUAUGUCUCGAGUGAGGUGCUUCUCAGAGUAUUCUAGUUUAUGUCCGAAAUGUCAAAAACUUAAACAAUAUCCCGUCAACCUCAACUUGUAAUUUUACUAUCAAAACUAUGCAUAUAUUAUUUUCAAACAUGAUUCCAUUUUAGGAGAUCGAUAAGUAUUCAAUACUAUCGAAUCUUUUCAUCAUAGAGUAGAGAAGAAAAAUACUAAUGAUGUACUUCAAUGCCUCAUUUCCUUUUCGUUGUACGGGCUGUGAAAAUUUUGAUUUUAAAUUUGAUAAUUCUUAAAACCCUGCUUUGGAUAACAAACGCGUUUCAUGGUGAAACAGUCAAAAUUUACUAAUUCUUGUAAAAAUAUUUUAAAUUUAACAAUUGCACUCCCAGAGUCCUUCACUCCAAUCAAUAACUUACAAUGAAACAUUUCUCCAAACAAUAUUAAGCAAUUGAAAAAUUGAUGCUGUUGGCUUAGAGAUAAGUUUCGAUUCCCUGUUGAAACUAAUUACCUUCCUUUAACAUUGCCAGUACUCUUUUACAAGAUCGUAAAAACGUACUGCAAUCUCCUGGAUACUAAUUAACAAAGAUCUUUGUAGUGAUCUGAGACAAAUCUUUAAUUACAACAUACCAAUAUGAAGCUAUAUGACUUCAUAUUGGUAUAUUGCCCUGUGAUAUAGGUUUUCUGUAGGUAGAAUGACUAAGGAGAAAGAACUCAUGCGAAGUGGUAACAUGAAAGGCGAAUGUUUGCCUGGGAUCCCCACCGUCUUAUGGCCAGUUGCUGCAUGGAAGACAACUCACGCUCGUCAUGACAUUUUUUCCUAGUGAGAAACAGCUACGUGUGUGUGUGUGUGUGUGUGUGUGUGUGUGUGUGUGAGAGAGAGAUUGAGAGAGUACUUGCAAGCAUUCCCACAAGACUAUUGUAGUUAUUUCCAGCAAUGUGAGAACUCAUUAUUAAACAGAAUUAUAUUAAAAAUGACCAGUUUUACUUUUGUAAUCGCAACAAAAUGUUACCCUAAUCCACAUUAAAACCGCUCAAAAUGUCUUCCUCUUCAACAAAUCAACAGUCACAAACUACUUCACAGCUACUUCUUUUUAAUGUAUACAGCUGUGUGUACUUUCUUUUAUUUAUGAAUUACAUUGCAUCGUUAACAACCAUUGUAAAGUUGUCUUCGUAAAUUGUCGACAUUUCUUUCACUGAAUAUAAAACUAUAAUUUGUGAAAUAUAUAAAAAAUGUUUCUAUACAUUAUUUAUACGUUAAAUGUACAUUUUCUUAUAGAAAUCGUUCUAUUUUUUCUAAUAAAACAUUAAAAAUCA